AAAAAGAAAAAAGGUAAGUACUAGUAUUAGUUGGUUAAGUGUAAGUCUAUAUAUUAGUACAAAGGAUUCCAUUAAAUUGGUAAUACAUCACAGAUUUCGUCCUUUGCUUUGGUUCACUUUGAACAGUAAGGGCCGCUGUUGAUCAGUAAAACAUUUUAUGGUGUGCUUCGUCAUUCAGCAGUCUUCACCCCUUCCCAUUUUCUUGCAUUCUGGCAGAUGAGGGCAAGGCUGCCUCCACAUUUUUAUUCAGGGUUGCACUAAGGUUUGCAAUACAUUUUUCGUUGCAUUAUUUCUUCACAACAUCUUGGAUUACAUCUCAACUUUUUAACCUAUUGGAUUUACAAUUUAUUAACCUUGUGAUUAUGGUUCAGUGGGGUAAUCGGUCUUGGCAAUGGAAAAUGAUGUGGCUGUUAUCGAUGUUUUUUUCUUUUUAUAUUUACACUGCAAGAGGACAGAUAAGAUAUUCGAUUUUGGAGGAGAUGAAGAAAGGCUCACUCAUAGGUAAUGUAGCACAAGAUCUGGGGCUUGAUUUGAAAAGGCUUCGAACGGGUCGAGCGCGUAUCGUGACCGGAGAAAGCACUCAGUACGCUGAGCUUAAAACAGACAAAGGGCUUCUAGUCGUGAGUGAGAGAAUAGACCGAGAACAUCUUUGCGGCGACGUCACACCAUGCAGCUUUAGCUUCGAGAUCAUUCUAGAGAACCCAAUGGAGCUACACCCAGUUACUAUUGAAAUAUUGGAUGAAAAUGAUCACGCGCCGUCCUUUGAGAACAAAGAAUUAAAAUUCGAAAUUAGCGAGUCUGCAACGCUGGGUUCACGCUUUUUAUUGGAAAGCGCAGAUGAUCACGACGUAGGCGUGAACUCACUGCAGAAUUACAUUUUAUCGCCGAAUAAUCAUUUUGUUUUAAAGCAACACUCAAAUCCAGACGGCAAUAAAUACGCGGAAAUGGUUUUACAGAAAGCGUUAGACUGGGAGGAGCACCCUCGUUUAUCUCUAAAGCUGAUCGCUGUAGAUGGCGGAAACCCGCAGAGGUCUGGCUCUGUUAAUAUAGAAAUUACUGUUUUAGAUGUGAAUGACAACGCACCCGUGUUUAACCAGACCGUCUACAGGGCAUCUGUUAUGGAAAAUGCACCGAAGGGCACUUACAUUACUACCGUUAAUGCCACAGAUGCAGACGCUGGUUUAAAUGGGCGACUAACAUACAAUUUCUACAAACAAAAAGGAACCGCUGCUCAGUUAUUCAAUAUUGACAGCGACAAUGGCAUUGUUUCUGUUGCUGGAGAAAUUGAUCAUGAAAAAGAUACUAAAUUUGAACUUACAGUCGAGGCUAGAGAUCAGGGUGGAUUAACUGAUUCGAGUAAAAUUGCACUAGAGGUCAUUGAUGUAAACGACAAUGCACCUGUCAUCAAUACAAUGUCUUUCUCGAGCACAGUAUCUGAAAAUGCUCCAACUGAUACCACAGUUGCAAUAAUAAAUGUUAAGGACUCAGACACUGAUGAUAAUGGCAAAGUCGGUUGUUUUAUCGAAGGAUCUGAAGAUUUUACAAUAAAAUCGACUUUAAGAAAUUAUUAUUCUUUAGUAACAAAUGCUAUUUUAGAUCGUGAGAAGCUGUCAGAGUAUAACAUCACUGUCAUCGCCUCUGAUUCCGGAAAGCCGCCUCUAACAAGCAGAAAAACUUUUAAUUUGAAAGUAACUGAUGUUAAUGACAAUGCCCCAGUUUUUCAGGAGAGUGUUUAUUAUUCAUACUUGCUAGAGAAUAAUUCACCUGGUGUUUCUGUUCUAACAAUCAAAGCUCGCGACCCGGACGAAAAUCAGAAUGCACGUAUAUCUUACAUUCUGGAAGAAAAUGACAUUGGCGGCUCUCCUGUAGGAACGUAUGUGUCCGUUAACGCAGAGAGCGGAGUUGUGCACGCAGUGCGAGCUUUUGAUUAUGAACAGAUCAAAAACAUUAAAAUAACAAUUAUAGCGCAGGAUGGCGGCUCUCCUCCGCUUUGUAGCAACGUAACCGUGAACAUUUUCAUCCAAGAUCAGAACGACAACGCGCCUCAGGUUCUGUAUCCGGUCCAAUCAGUCGCUUCUGUGGUAGCUGAAAUAGUGCCUCGUUCGGCAGAUGUGGGUUAUCUGGUGACUAAAGUGGUGGCUGUUGAUGUGGACUCUGGACAGAAUGCCUGGCUCUCAUAUAAACUUCAGAAAGCCGCAGACAGGGCGCUGUUUGAAGUGGGCUUACAAAAUGGAGAAAUAAGAACUGUACGCCAAGUUACAGAUAAAGAUGCUGUGAAACAAAGACUCACUGUUGUAGUGGAGGACAACGGGCAGCCCUCUCGAUCAGCUACAGUCAAUGUUAACGUGGCGGUGGCGGACAGCUUCCCUGAAGUGCUUUCGGAGUUCACUGACUUUACGCAAGACAAGGAAUAUAACAAUACCCUGACAUUUUAUCUCGUCUUGGCCUUGGCCGCAGUCUCAUUUCUUUUCAUAACAUGUUUGGUCGUCAUAAUAUCUGUUAAAAUCUACAGGUGGAGGCAAUCUCGCCUUUAUUACAAGUCCACUCUUCCAGUUAUUCCGUAUUAUCCACCGCGUUACGCGGACACUGUUGGCACAGGAACUCUGCAGCACGCCUAUAAUUAUGAGGUUUAUAGAACGAACGAUUCCAGAAGGAGUGACUGUAAGUUUGUGAGACCUGCAAGUCAGAACGUGUUGAUAGUGGAUCCUAAUUCUACAUUGACAGUGCAGCGCCCUCCCAGCGAGAAAAACAUGCUGGAUGAAUUAGAUUCUCCGGUAGAGGUGAGAUAUUAUUAUUAUUAUUAUUAUUAUUAUUAUUAUUAUUAUUAUUAUUAUUAUUAUUAUCAUCAUCAUCACUGUUGUUGUUGCUUUGUUGUGUACUCAGUUAAUAUAAUAUAUGGUAAUGUGAUAAACUUUGAAACUUUGCAUAAAUGCAUUCCACCUUGUUUUUCACGUUGCAAGGACCUGUCACGUUUUACUCAUUUAUCGUUACAUGUCUGCGUGGAGCUUGUAUAUAUUUCAGCACCUACUCAGUGGACAGAGCUGCUGUCGAUUUACAUGCAUUUUUCUUAGUAUUAUUUUCUUUUG